AUGCCCUCUCUACUUUUAAAAUUAAUCCUAUGUCUCUUCUUCAUCUCCUGUACGAUCUGGUAUGGCAAGACACACUUCUACCGCGACCCAGGGAGCAUCUUCUACGAUGAAGCCCACGCCUUCGAGCAGCGAUACUCCCAACAUCGCCGCCGCGAAGUAGACGCCUUCAUCCGAUCCCAAAACACAACAUCAACAUUAGAACCACCCCUCAAAUCCAGCCCUAAUCCCACCCUCUGUCUAACCUACAGCUCCGUCCGCCGCCAAACAACCAAUUACCUAGAAACCUCAAUAGCAAGCGUCCUCACAACCCUAACCUCCCAAGAACGUCAAGAUCUCCACCUAACCAUCCUCAUUGCCGAACCAGACCCAUCCACCCACCCAAACUGGAACACCACCUGGCUCCGCACAACAACCGACACCUUCACCACCUACAACACCACCCAGGCCAAACUAUCCCACCUCUCCCACCUCCAAUCAACAUCCAACUACGCCGAAAAGGGUGUCUUCGACUACACCCACGCCCUGCAACUCUGCCACGCAACUGGCGCUCCCUAUAUCGCCCUGUUCGAAGACGACAUCCUCCUCGCAAACACCUGGUUCAUCCGCACCCUAACCGGCCUCUCCCAGAUCCCGCCUUCAAAAACCAACUCAUGGCUCUUCAUGCGGCUUUUCAACCAGGAACGCUCAACGGGGUGGGCUAGCCGCUCCAUCGGCGGGAACAACGAACACUGGAUUAUUCUCGCCAUCGGAGUAUCCAUUUCCCUAGCUGGGUAUCUGGCCCGGCGCCAGAGUCAGGUGGCCCGGUCGUGGGUUGAUUGGGGGACCCUGGGCGUAGUGGUGUUGGUGCUUAAUCCGGCAAUGGUGGUACUUUUCUUUCAGGCGGGGAAGGCGUCGCUUUUGCCCCCUUCGCCGGGGGUUUAUGAGGAGGGGUUCGGGUGUUGUUCGCAGGCGAUGGUGUUUCCGAGGGAGAGAGUGGCGGAUAUUGUGGGGUUUUUGGGAGAUAGGGGCAGUGGGCAGGUGGAUUUGUUGUUGGAUGAGAUGGCUGUUGAGGGGGGGUGGGGGAGGUGGGCGAUGUAUCCGGUUGUUGUGCAGCAUAUUGGUCUUGACUCGGCGAGGAAGACGGUUAAGGCUGAGGCGCAGGCGAUUUGGAGUAUGGCGUUUGAGGAUUUGGACGCGGCGGCGUUGGAGAGGGAGCAUUUGAGGUUGGUUGACGGGUAUUAUUCAAGGGAGAUGGUGGACACUUACUGA